AUGCCCUCUUGUUUCUUCGACUCUGUUCCCGACCCUUUCCUCGAUCCAAUCUCAGCGCCUCCCCGUCUCAAGGCUUUGGGUGAGUAUGACGAAGACUCCGUCGCUACCGUGGAUGCCUUUGAACCCCGUCGCUCCAUCGCCGAUGUUCUUCAUCAACAGAGCACUAGCAAAUGGAGCAAGAGGCACUUUGACGUCUGCAAUGCGGUCGUCACACAACAAGAGCAUGACAUUCUUCCGGGUCUUAGGCCUGGUGCUGGUAACGAAGAACAAGAUGUCGCCUGGCCGCACUGGGGAAGGACAAACCUCUCUGAUGAAGAUCAUCCUUUCUGGUCAAAGUACGGAGACACGAGAAGAAAGCUCCUUGCGCUUGUGUCAGGACCCCCGUCUGAUAUCUCCACAUCCAAGUCGGCCUCCUUUCUGUGUCGUAAUCAGCAGUCGGACGUUGGCUUCAUUUGGGCCGCCCUCCGGAAAUUUCGAACACUCCACCUGGACUCCGAAACAACAGACACAGAGGAGACCACGGGGAACAGCACACAGGACAUCCUCCAUGACGAUUCCGAGUCCCCGCCAGCCAAAAGAGUUCGCAGAAAACCCGCGCUUCAUCCCGGUGUCGUCUCAUAUGCAGGAGGCGACCUCUCCGACCCUCUCGAUUCUCAGUCCACUACCCCUCCCGCGAAGUCUUGGGGAGGUGACCUCCCUUCGACACCUGAAGAGCCCGCCUUCAUAUCCGAGUCAGAGAACCGGCGUUCAUCCCAGAAGCCCGAAACAUUAACGGCCGAAUUCAUCUACGCUUUCAUUCGGCAUGUCCUCCAAUGGCUACCCCCGCAGCACGAGAUGGCGGCGAACGACCAGGAAAGCAUUGUCGAUUUGAAUGUCGCCACGGCCCGGAGGUUCGUCAGCCUCAGCGGCCCUCUGAAAUUCACAUCCAUUGACGACGGUGGCCUCUAUAUUGGCAGUUUGGGCUGCGUUGCUAUCAUCGAAAUGAAACAGUGCCUUCAAAUCGUUGAUGGUCAGGCGAAAGUCCCAGACGAGUGGGUUGCGCAAAUUGUGGGGGAGGCUCUGGCCGUUCGCCUUGAAGAUGGAGCCUGGGCAGGCCCGCCCGAGACGGUAUUUGUUAUUGCACCGGCGCGGCAUUACGCCCGACUCUUCGAGCUCAACAUUACCGACAACUAUCUCACCGAAUUCAAGAGAGACGCCAUGCGUAUUGCCCCAGGGGAUUACAUCUCCAUGGACUUCUUCGUCAUCAGCAAAGCAUACAACAACGAGAAGGUCAUCAUCCUGAUUAGAGACGAGUGGAGUGGAUUCGCUUGGAUUCGAGGUCUUCGAGCAAGAAAAGAAGGACUACAAGCAUUAUCCCAAAUUGUCGCCUUUCUUGAGCGGCAAUACACUUCCCUCCUACACAUCGCCCCGCUAGCACCCGCUGUUAGUGCUACGCUGGGCCUUACACCUCAUUACUAA